AUGGCUCCAAUUCCAAACUAUAUCAAGGGCGUCUUUGGCUGGUUCAGACUUCUGCUGUAUGCGCAGCCACCAUUGCAAGAUGUGGCGCUCCUGUUCUGCGGCACUGUCACGGCCAUUGCAUCAGGAACGCCUGUGCCGAUACUCGGUAUCAUAUUUGGCCAGCUCAUGGAUGACCUGAACUCUGCUACCUGCGAAGCUUCCGACUCUUCACUGUUCACCCGGGACACGCUGCGUGCGAGCAUUAACAACAAGGUACUAACAGUUGUGUACAUCGCGAUAGGGAAUCUGGUCCUUAUCUACGUGUAUAUUGUCAGCUGGAAUCUUUUCGGGGAGAGACUUGCCCAGCGCGUUCGUGAGAAGUAUCUGAGAGACAUGCUGAGCAAAGACAUUGCGUUCUUUGAUCAUGUUUCCCCGGGAGAGAUGGCAAACAACCUGGACGCCGACGUGAAUGCAAUCAAGCAAGGGACGUCGCAGAAAGUCGGCGUUGUCAUCAACGCUAUCUCUUUCUUCAUCGCAGCGUAUACUAUCGCAUUCAUAAAAAAUGCCCGACUCGGCGGGAUCUUAGUGUCCCUGACACCAGCCUUUCUUCUCAUGGCACUGGUCGGAGGUCACUUCAUUGGGAGAUUUACCGGAGCCAUGUCGACAUCGGUAGCCUCGGCAUCAAACAUUGCCUUCGAGGCAUUGUCAAACAUUACGCUUGUGCGAGCGUACAGUGCAGAUGGAAAGCUUGCUGACCGCUUCGCCACUUUUCUGGCCGCCGCAAAGUCAGCCGGCACACACAAAGCGAUCACGGCAUCGGUGCAGGCAGGAAUGCUCUUCUUCAUCGCUUAUAGUGCAAACGCGACUGCUUACUACGUAGGCAGUCGACAAAUCGCAGACGGUGUCGAAAAUGAUGGGGGCAUCACGGUUGGGACAAUCUACACCGUCAUCUUCAUCCUCGUUGAUGCCACAAUCAUUCUGAGUACGGUGGCACCAUUCUUGCAGCUGUUCGGAGCUGCCCAGUCUGCGCUUGAGAAGCUCGAAAAGAAUAUGGAUACUGGCUCGACAGUAGACGGCAGGCAAACACUGCAGGUUACUGAUCGCGACACUCCAUUACUCAGAUUCAGUGGCGUUUCGUUCGCUUACCCGUCCCAACCAAGUGUCCAAGUCCUACGAGAUUUGACUCUGAGCAUCCCAGCCGGAAAAAGCACUGCUGUGAUUGGCCCCUCUGGUAGUGGGAAGUCUACUAUCGCAAGUCUUGCUCUGGGCAUGUAUCGUCCGUCGACAGGAGAAGUCUGGCUUGGCAACGGCCUAAUGCGCGACCUUUCCAUCACUUCUGCCCGAGGCCUGAUGAGUUUCGUUCAGCAGGAUGCAACUCUCUUCGACCGUUCAAUCUUGGAGAAUAUAGCUUUGGGCUUGAUCAAUUCUCCGCAACACCGACAUCUAAACCAGGUUCUACUUUCGGACAAGUUGGCGGCAAUCGCUGCUCGUGUCCGCGAGGGAGUUGAUAUCUUCCAGGCAGCAAAAGAUGCUGGCGGACAAUGUACAGAGAUCAUUGAACUUGUGGUUGACGCAGCAGGUCAAGCUGAUGCCGACGCUUUCAUUCAAAAUUUACAAGACGGCUAUGGUACCACUGUUGGAUCAAAAGGAGCUUUGAUCAGUGGAGGUCAGAAACAGCGCAUCGCUCUCGCAAGAGCGCUUGUGAAGAAUCCAGAAAUUCUGAUUCUCGACGAAGCCACAGCUUCCCUCGACUCAGCAAGCGAACAACGCGUGCAACAAGCACUCGUAGCGGCAAGUCGUGGACGCACCACUCUCACAAUUGCACAUCGCCUGUCCACGAUCAGAGAUGCGGAUAAUAUCGUUGUUAUGCGUUCUGGACAGAUAGUGGAGCAGGGAACUCAUGCAGGACUCAUGGCCGCCGGCGGCUUUUAUCUUGAGCUCGUUCAACUCCAGCAAAACACUGACAAGUCUGAACGACACAACAACCACCUCGACGACGCUAUUCAUGAACAACUCGACGACGUAGGACCGAAGGAGAAUUCUGAUGGCGCGGCUCAGGGAAGCCCUGCCCAGCCUUCGAAGCUGCCGAGUGCUGCAGGCAGUGAUCCAGAGAUCGAAGCCAAAAGGAGUAUUUCUUACGUGCUGAACACUCUUGGACCGAUGUUGAGGCCAAGCGCAAUGGUCCUUGUUGUCGCCUUCACAGCCAUGCUCAUAGUCGGUGGCACCUAUUCCGCAUCAGCUCUCAUUCUUGGCAACACCAUUGGCAGAUUAAGUCCUUGCAACGGGUCAGAAGCGAUCCGAAGCUCUGGAAGAUUCUUCGCCCUUAUGUUCUUCAUCCUGGCCAUAAUUGAGCUCUUGGCGAACAUCAUCAGCUGGUCAGGCUUUGGACUUGCUUCUGAAAGGUUCUUGCGGAAUAUCCGACUGCGGGCAUUCAAGUCUCUGCUCAACCAAGAUCAGGGCUGGCACGAAUCAUUCAACAGAACACCAAAAUCACUGCUGUCCUUGAUCACUGCGGACUGUAAUGCAAUUGGUGGUUUGACGGGAAGUACAAUCGGGACCAUACUCUCCAUCCUUGUGAACAUGGUUGCUGCGAUUAUUCUGACUCAUCUUGUCGCCUGGAAAAUUGCCCUCGUCUGUCUAGCGGUUGUUCCGCUUAUUAUGGGUACAGGAGCUAUGCAUAUGAUCGCCCUGGCGAGGUUCGCUGCCAGGCACUCGCAAGCAUUCAAAAACUCGAUAGGUAUUGCUGUCGAAGCUGUUGAGUCCAUCAAGACCGUCGCGGCACUUUCAUUGGAAGAGGAGAUUCUGCAAACAUACCGCCGCUCCUUAAAAGCUCCGACAAAGGAGAUGACGAAACAAAGCGCCUACUCUUACAUGUGGCUAGCGUUGGCCUACGGGCUGCCCACUUUCCUAUUCUCGCUCUCCUUCUGGUGGGGAAGCUCUCUGGUACUAACAGGCGAAUACACCCAGGUCGACUAUUACAUCUGCACAAUCGCCCUACUUGUAAGUGCCCAGCUUUGGGGUCAGCUCUUCACUAUUGCACCGGACGUGUCGAAGGCUUUCGAGGCUGUCCGAAGAGUGGUCAAUUUGUUCGAUCUGGACUCUUCAAAGGAGGGCCAGGUUCGAGGAGACAGUCCGUCGGCGGGAGAAAAAUCACUCUCGCCGCUCAAAGAUGCUGGAGCAAGUAUCGUUCUUGAGGACGUUCAUUUCGCCUAUCCGGCUAGACCACAGGUCGAGGUUCUCAAAGGUCUUUCUCUGAGCAUAAGACCAGGACAGUUUUGCGCUUUAGUAGGUCCAAGUGGAGCCGGAAAGUCUACCGUUUUCACGAUGCUCGAACGAAUGCAUAGACCAGAGUCUGGGAACAUCACUAUUGACGACAGGGAUAUUGGGUCAAGCGAUGUGACGUUCCGCAACACGAUCUCCUACGUGCCGCAAGACAGUGUUCUCUUUGACGGCAGUGUCCGGUUCAACCUCGAGCUUGGCGCGACGCCUGAUCAGAAGAUAACGGACGCUGAGCUUGCAGAGGCAUGUCAGCUCGCAAACAUUCACGACAAGAUCAUGUCUCUUCCCGAAGGAUAUGAUUCAAAUUGCGGGUCGGGAGGCUGCCAGUUAUCCGGUGGCGAGAAACAGCGGCUUGCCGUAGCCAGAGCUCUAAUUCGGAAACCAAGGCUGCUUCUCCUGGAUGAAUCAACAUCAGCUUUGGACGCACAUAACGAGAAGGCACUUGAGAACGGGUUAAGCAACGCUCGCCGCGCCACAGGCAUGACUGUUGUUGCAAUCGCUCACCGUCUAAGCACGAUCAAGAACGCAGACAUCAUCUUUGUCAUCGACGGUGGAAGAGUGAUCGACUCAGGCCGACACGAAGAGCUGUUGGCCAGGUGUGAUAUGUACAGAGUCAAUGCCUCUCACCAAGGCUUCUAG